AUGACCUUUGGUACUAGUGCGGCAGACAUUUUUUCGUGUUCCAGGCGACCAUUCUUAGUGCAGGUCAGUCAUAAUUUUUCUCUUUUGGCGCCUUCGUAAUAAAAAAUGGUCAUUGAAAUUAGAUAUUGUUUUGAAAACAUUUUUUUAUAUUAUAUCAAUAGGUCGACGUUGAAGUUUUAAAUCAGCAUUCGUCGCAAAACGAUGCUUACAUCACAAGAUUACGCUUGCGUAAUGUACGCAUCAUUCGUUUAAAAAAUGGCAAGCAUAUCAAACAUACUGUUGACCAAAACCUGGAAGAAAAGUUGUCUAAGCCAUUUUUCUUCCUUCAAGAUGUUAAUGGGAACAUUACACAAGUGUUUUACCCCCACGACGAUCAACCAGAACUUGUUGGACUAAAGAAAGGUAAUUUUAAUACUUUUGUGAGAAUUAUGCCGUGAAAAAUCAUUGUAAUCGUUGGCAUUUGUAAAAAGCACAAGCAUGAUCAAUUACAAAGGUACAAACAAACAAGUCGAGCUAAAACCAUCAUAAACCAUUUCAUGUUUCUUAGGAAUGGUGAGCGCACUCAAUUUGAAAAUCAAUCGAGAUGCCCAGAACAUCUCAUACAGUACAGAAGAAGAAGACGACUCCGGAAUUCAUCUCGCUUAUUAUGACGUCAACGAAAGAAACUUCACCAACCUACACCUGACGAAGAAAUGGAGCAGUGAUGAUUACCUUAAACAUGCGGACGGGCGACCGGUAGAGGGAGAACAACACAGCAAAAGUCAUUAUUAUACCUCUUUGGAAAUUAAAGACGGUGCGAUAACAAAUGCGAAAAGAACGCAUUUUUCUUAUUUACGGAGCAACAAACCUUAUAAUCGACCUAUGAACAAACCAGAAUUUCAACAGCAACCUGAUUUAGGGCUAAAAGCAUCUGGAGAAAGCCAUCUUCACCUCCUUCGCUGUGUUAAUCCAACUAAUAGGAGAAGCAAAAGGUCUUCAGAAAAACUGGAUUCGUCUUUAGAAAGUCUGAAGCAAGAUACCUUGAGUUAUGAUGGAAUACGUCGCUUGAAAUGGUCUUCGAUUGGUGAUCCCAAUAAACUGAGCCGUACAUUCUACGAGUUACUUCGAUGUUAUUCCGACCCUUCUGUCAAAGAAAGUGAACUAUCCCAAUGCAUCAAGGAGUUUCAUUAUCUGGCGAAAACUGAUGACGAGAUUUUUGAAAACAUUGUAAACUUGACGUUGGAACGGUCUCAUUUAAAUUUCUCCACAUGGUCAGGGCUAGUUGGGGCUAUUGUUGUCCGAGGAGAUUGUAAAACCCAGAAGAUUUUAAGCCGAGCAAUUUUAUCUGAGGAACCACGGCCACUUUCGGAUAAAGAACAUGCAACGCUUCUGGAGGCGGUAUUCUUUAUCCCCGCAGGACCUUUGUACCCAGAACUGUUACAAGCUCUGUUGUCUCUUCAUAAGAAUUCUAGUAAGAGCGACGAGAUAACUGUUCGCGCUAUGUUAGUGACAUCAGGUUUAGUGCGCAAGUGUCACGACGCUGGUUACAAUAGAUCGCUGUCAGAAAGCAUCGCGCAACAUCUACACCAAAGUUUCAAGACACAUCCAGCACGAUUCCAUGACGAAGAAAGCCAGUCACACGAUGAGUAUAUAUGGAGUCAUGUAUGUGCUUUCGGAAAUUUAGGUCACAUGUCGUCUCUCAACUUGAUAACCAGAUAUUUGGAUCAUGAUAGCUCCGGUAUUCGAUAUUUUGCAGUUUCGGCUUUGAGAAAUCUCCCAACGCAGUACACUGAUCAUCACUUAUUACGCAUUCUUCGAAAUGACGAACACGUAACAGUUAAAGCAGGAGUGAUAGAGGUUUUCAUAGAACGGCGUCAGAACCUUACCAACGAAUUGCGCGAUGCCAUCGAAGAUGCUCUGUGGAUAACUGAAGAAGGCGACGAACUAGAUUCUAAGAUUACUGAAUUUCUAGAAAACCAUAACGAUGAAUCUCAUCAUGUGAUAAAAAAGUUACGAAAACGGAGGUCCGUUAUUCGGCGAAAGAAAAGGGCACUUAUCCCAGAAUUAAAGCCUAGAGAAUUUUCUUUGGGAGUAGAAAAGGAAUGGCGAAGAGCAUUCGGUGGUGGUCAAGCUGGUGCAGAAGCAGUCCUGCGAUUUGUGAACCAAGUGAAACUAAGAGUCGGGAUUUUUGGUGGGAGUUUUGAAGUAAACUUGGAUAAUUUGGCGUUGUUUCGGGCUCACGUGAUCCUUUGGAGUUUCGACAUAGUCAAUGGAAAGGCGGCAUUCAAAAUGGGGGCAGGAUUUAAGAACGACAUCCCUAAGGAUUUAAUUCACACAAUCGCCGAUACUGCCGAUGAUAUUCUAGCAGAUAUUGAUGGAAUUUCGAUUAUUUUUACCCAGCAUAUUCAACGAUUUCUCGACAAACUGAAAAAGUAUCUGCCAUUUAUUCCUGAUAGAUUCGUGAACUUUAUUUCACAAACUGUCAAAUUUCUUACCCGCACAAUUCAGGUUACACGCUUUGGAAAAUUUUUUAAUGGAAUUGUGAUAAAUCUUCGAAGCGCGUGGCGUGCAAGUGAAUUUUGGUUAAAAAUUGGUGAUUUGGUCAAGAGGCUCACCCUAAACCUUUCUAAUAUAAAUCUAUCGACAGGGUCCUUUGGAGGAGCAUUUCAUUUUCUAAACAAACUUGUAGACAUUUUCUCAAGACUAAGGUUUAGGCUUCCACGAAAUUUUCCGGUAAAUUUCAACAUAAAGAAAUUGUUGACACUCAUUAGUGGACCAUUUCACUCAACUAGUGAUGCCGUAGGGGAUUAUUUUAAAAAGUUAGGUUUUGGUGUUCCGAAAAAUUUCUUUAAAAUGUUCCAUUUUAAUAUCACGCUUAACUUCAUCCCGACUUUGGACAAGUUUAAGAUUACAACGUUGCGUUUGGUACAUUUUGGAAACAGUUUCCUGGAAAUGCUUUCUGUUUUCCGAGAUAUGUUUAACAUUGAUCUUCCACGACUUUAUCUCCCGGAAUUCAAGCUAGAUUUGAACAAUAACGAAGAUUUUGACUUUGGCUUGUCUUUUGACUGGAGAAUAACAUUCAACUUUACUACUGAUUUUUCGGGCCCUGACUUCGCAAAAUUUCGAAAGUUCUUUCGCUAUUUAACUAGAGUUUUUCUAAGUCUAAGUAAUCCAAACGUUAAUUUUGAGCAAUUUUUUAUUGAAAUCCUACCUGAAUUUAAAAUCAAGUUUGAGUCUGACGAGCUCUUCCAGGAUACAGGGAAUUCCAACAUAGCACAGUGGUUGAAACUCGUUGUUAAAUUCUUCCACAAUCUUCUAAACCAGUUCGAUUCGAAACUGUUCGACCAUAGCAAUAGUGCCAAUUUUUUAGAUAAACUAUCAGAGAUCAUUGGAGACUUCUCGAAAGGAGCACUCGCAAAUGUUUGCAAACUGCAAGACUUCAUGUUAAAAUCAGCAGGAAAGUUGGAAGUCUUCGGAGAAAACCUUGAGAAAGAUAUGAUUCUUGGAAUCAGAUAUGUUAAACGUGAAGCCCAGCAGGCCAUUGGAGAAGUUAUUAACAUCACCUUGUUUGUGGAUGAAUUUAUUGACGAACUAAAGCAGAAUGUAUCAAGUACUGCGAAGACCUUUGUUGAGCAAUAUUUAACCGCAUUGGAAGACUCUUUGGAAAAUGUCAAAGAACUUGCUGAUAUUACUGUAGAAUUCGCAGCGAACUCCACAGACAAAUUGACGGGACUUUGUUAUAAAACUGUGAACAUAUCUGGUGACAUCUUGGAUAAAAUUCAGUCCUCAGCGCAAAACGCCGUGAACGAAAUAACUGACUUUGUUACUUCUAAUUCGGAAGGACUUGCUAUUUUUAUUGAUCAAUUUAAAGUGGUUGUAAAAAACCUGGAAGCAUGGCACCAGGAAAAUCUAGCGAAACACUUGGGUAAGGUUGCAAUCAUUAGUCGAACCAUCGAUGAGUUCCUAUCGUUAAUCAAAACCGAAAACAAAGUUUUCUCGGACAUUCAUAAAGUUUUCAGAAACAUAAACAAUGUCAUUCAACACCUGAACAAUUUACCCAUGCACGCGCAGAAAGCAUACGAUUUUGCAGAUAAGAUUCGAGACUUUGCAACAAAUGCAAAGCGUUGGAAAAUCGAAUUUGGGAAACUUAACAUCCGACAGCAAUUUAACUUGGACUUUGAUGAAAAAUUACGAAACCUUUGCGAUGAAUUUCAUUCCUUUGCCGACGAUACCAUCAAGAAAAUUCAGGGUGGAGAUCUACUUAAAACAUUCCGUGAAUUUGUUACAAAAAAAACUGACUCUCUUAUCUCGCAGUCUGUUGAGAAAUUGGAUCUUCUAAAAACUCCGCUGGGAAAAGCGCGAAGAGAUCUAGAGGAAAUGUCAGACUCAGUUGAAGAAAUCGAAUCAGUUUUACUAGAAUUGCGACCUUUCUCUGAAAAUUUUUCGCCAGUGUUGCAAGAAAUCCGCCAGUUACCAAAUUGUUCGGACAUUUAUUCUAUCUUCAAUAACAUAAUCGCAAAUUGUGGGAAAGAAGCGAUAUCAUUCGGGAAACAGGCCUACAAUGAAUAUACCACCAUGAAAUCUGAAGUUAAAGCGUUUUGGGAACUGUUGCCAGACGAAUGGGAAAGUUUGAGUUUGCAAAAGUGUAUUUCUGGAGGAACGUGUUUAUCUAACUCAUUAAAAAAGCAAGCCCAAAGCGUUUCAAAUAAAAUGGAGAAAAUUAAAAAGAAAUUUAAUAACUUUAACUUUGAGGAUAAACUGGAAACGUGCAGGGAUAGUGUGGAAGAAGUAUCACGAAUUUUCGAAAAAAUAAAGAAUAUUUCGAAAUUGAUCAAAACAUUUUCAUUCAAAGAAGAGAUCAUAAAGAUUAAGGAUUUGUCUCGAAGAAUCACAGGCAAGUUUUCCGGCGUUGACGACGGGCGUGAAAGUCAAGUAAGUUUUAAACAUUAUCUCAUACCUAGCGUAUUAGCGGCUUUCCUAUUGGCUACGCGGAGGUGCGUUCAAUCUCAAACAUACUUGCAGGUUCGGUGAGUCCGGGAUUGGACGCACCUCGGGUGGCGAGGUGAGCUCGGGAAACUUCCAGCCACCCUCGGUGCGUCCAAUCCCGGACUCACCUCCCUGCAAGUAUGUUUGUUAUAUUGUUUUCUUUUUCUGAAACAUGCACUGCAGCAGCAUAGCUUUCUGGUUCUGUCAAAUCUUGCUUUAUAUUCUUUUUUGUUGUAAUCCAUAUCAGCGCAAGUGCUACGCUUCGGCAUUGCUCGUUGAAACACAACGCCACUUUCCAUUACGGCAUGAUUUAUUUCUUCCGCUUUGGCUGCGCGAGCGAAACGGACACUGUUGAGAAUGGCUUCACUUACUAUUGUUCCCAGUAAACUGCGAAACGACCGUUUUUUAGGCGGUUUGUCAGUGAUAGUUUUGUCAAUUACGAAGGACAUAUUUGUGUACCUCGUGAUCACAAUUCGUUGCAAUGGGCGUGUGAAAAACUUUGUUAUUGAUCUUUGACCCUUUCGAAACCACAGCAUGUGUUUGCUUGUUAACAAAUAUAGGUAGCCAUGAUUUUUUUCUGUGUUAGUGCAAUGUACUCGGGUGAAUAUGAUGCUUGUGAUGUUACUCUGAGUGUAUAUCCACACCGGGAAGCUUGAAAAAUAUGCCUGGCCACGGUGGGAAUCGAACCUACGACCUUUGGAAUACUAGCCCAAUGCUCUGCCAACUGAGCUACGCGGUCAGGUCGGUUCUAGUAUGUGAUAUUUCGGGACCGAAUCUAUAGUUUCUUCGAUAUCAUUGUGAUUACAUUGAUAUCGAAGAAACUAGAUUCGGUCCCGAAAUAUCACAUACUCGAACCGACCUGACCGCGUAGCUCAGUUGGCAGAGCAUUGGGCUAGUAUUCCAAAGGUCGUAGAUUCGAUUCCCACCGUGGCCAGGCAUAUUUUUGAAGCUUGCCCGGUGUGGAUAUACACUCAGAGUAACAUCACAAGCAUCAGGUAUAGGUAGGUUAAACCACAUCUAAUCAUCAACAUAUUUUUGUUCGUAACCUAUAGGUAGAAAAACGCUCUGCUGCACAGCCUGUUAAGAUAGAGAAAAACAUUGCCGAACUCACCAGAAAGGCCGACAAAACUCAAGAAAUGAUUAAAACAUUGGUCGAAGAGGUUUUCACUGGUUUGGAAAAAGUAUCUCGUGACAACAUUGAGCCUUUCCAGACAAAACUUAAAAACAUCCAGCAAAAACUUAACGUCUCGUUUCUGUUAGGAAAAAAUUCUAGAGUUAUAGGUCCAAUUCUACAACCGCUUCAGACAAUUGUUAAAAGUAUGAUUGAUUUCACCCAAACGUGCAAUAACAUUGUUGAUCCAUUGAAAGGUACGAUUUUAGAUGUACUUUUUAAAACAUCAGAUUUCACCGAAGUUUUUGAAGGAAAACUGAAACACUAUGGCGAAACUGUAACGAAGGUGUCGGAAGAUGUGAACAACGUCAUUGACAGGGUUACGUCAUUCCUUAAUACAGUACAGUUACGUCAAAAAGGAUUGGAUAUCCGGGAUUACAAGAAAUGGGAUCAGUACCAACACUGUUCUGCUGAAGUUUGUCUAAGACUAAUACGACGAUCUUCAGCGCUUUAUCUUGGCACAAUAUUCUUGUGGAAAUAUCCGCACUUGGAUGAUUUAUCAUCGACAUCCUUGUCAAAAACUGGAAAGUGGCUUGUACCGGGUCUCUUUGAUGAUUAUAAGAUUCGCGGUAUUGCUCAAUUGUCCAAUAAUGAAAUGCUACUGGGAAUGCGUGGUGUCGCAGCUAAUGCAGAAAAAGCUUCACUGUUAGUUGUAGUUGACAUAAGAUCUUCAAAUAGCGAAAUCCUUAAAAUUGUCCAAUUGGAAAAGGGAGGUGUGCCUUUUCGGGGCGACAUGGGCGGUGUAGUGGUUGUCAAGUCGCUCAUUUGGAUAAGUAGUGGUAACAGUCUUUACGCUGUUCGCUUAUCGGAUAUUCGUUAUACCAUGUCUUUAAAACGUCCUUCAACCAUUAGCAUUAGUAAAACAAAAUCUCUUCAUUAUCAAAUCACAUCAAUUUCAUACGGUGACCGUGACAACAAAAUUUGGGUUCUGGAAAGUAAUAAGGCGCACAGCUAUGAUGUCGGUACGUUCGGAGGUGUAUUAGAAGAGAAAAAUUAUCUUGUUGUUACUGAGGAACACACACGUGGAUUUACUAUUGUGCGACAGUUUGGUAUCAAAUACGCAUGCGUCGCCAAGUGUUCUUUAAUUGCAGGUUAUCAGUGCAGAUUGGAAUUCCAUAAAAUCGACGCGGGAGUUCUUGAUAAGUCCAGUAUUCUAAGAGUCGUUCGAACACCUACGGGUCUGGAGGCGAUCCAAACAGUUACCACAGAACACGUCGUCGCGGCGUUUUCAAGUGGGACAUUCUCUGAAAAGGACAAAAUUCAACAAAUUGGGGGAGAUUUUGAAGAUCGAUAUUUUAAAUUUAAUGUACCGGUUCUAAAAACAGAAUUUUCAAUAACCGAGAACUGUUUUUACUUUAAAGUGGGUUGGAAUUGGUUAAUCCCUCGACAGCGUUUAUUUUCAAUAGGUGAGAUGAAAUGCGGUACCCGUAGAAAGCGACGUGCUCUAGAAAAAACUUUGGAUAAGGAUGUAUACACACAGGAAUUGGAAAAACAUCACAGAACCAGACGUCAAGCGACUGAAGGGGUGGCUUGUAUUUGGAACAUGGAAGGGGAACCUAAAAUUGGUAGUUAUAUAUAUUUAUUGAUAAUUAUAAAAUUUAAAAAUUAGUAAGAAAUAAAGUUGGAUUUCACUUUCAUUUUAAUUUAGUCUUAAAACGCAAAAUUUACAGAACUUUGUGAAUUAUGCCAAUUUGCAAAUUUUUGUUUCCGACCGAAAAUGUCAGAAACCGUGAUCAUAUAAUACAAAAAAUAUCGUCCAAAACCCAAAGUUCUCAUUGUUCUCGAAACUGAAGUGAGUCGUUCAACUAUUGAAUUUUGACUACGUUUAAUGACCCUUUAAUUAAUGUCUUUAUGCAGGGUCACUUCCAAUUCUUCCCGAAGUGGGCUUUAUCGUUCCAGUAUUUGGUAUACCAGUGUACUUCUUCUUCGGAGCAGAUUUGUAUUACUACGCAAACUUUCGAAUAUCAUUGUGCUUACGGGACAAAGCAGUGCGUCUUGCUCUCAUACCUGGUGUGUGGCUCACUGUUUAUGCUGGGGCAAGUCUGCCAUUGGUAAUCGUGGAAGCAGGUAUUACGAUAGAGGCGAAAAUUUUGGAAACUUAUCUUAUCCCAGAACUAUCGAUACGUUUAGACAAAUGGCCACUGGACGCUUGUGUAGAGCUUAAAAUGCAAAUGACCCCCCUAGGCAUACGUGUAUACCUUUGGUAUCGUUAUAGACUUUGUCCUAAAAUAAGUUUUAAGAAAUGGGCUUCAAUACGUAUCUCAAUUGAAUGGUGCCCAAAGAAAACAUUUGCAGAAUGGACGUGGUCAUUGCGAUCCAUUCAUAAAACUUUAUUCAGCAAUUGCAAACGCGACAUCGACAAUACACGCCCUGUCGUAGGAGUAUGUAAUGCCAAGCAGGUCGGAAAUAAAAAGUACUUCAUUCAAUGGCAAGGUUUCGCCGAAGAUACGAAAAUUGAGACAUAUAUUGUUACCAUCGGCUCAAUCUUUGGAUCUGGAGAUGACCAUUAUUCUAUACACGGAGAACGUCAAAGUCUUACGGUACCCAAUCUUGAAAUUAUGCAUGGAAGAUCUGUUUAUGUCGGCGUGUAUGCAAUUAAUGGUGGUGGUCUGAAAAGUGAUGUUGCUCACUGUCCAGUAUUUGCUGCCAAACGCAGAUCACCCGUUAUAACUUUCAUCAAUGACGGGGAUUCUUCGACCGACAUCGACUAUCAAAAGGAUGCUACCAGUCUUGGGAUGAAAUAUGGCUUUGAGGGAACAUUUGCGGAUUUAUCGAGUAUUAGAUGGGGAAUCUCAUCGUCAGGGAAAUGUACAUUUUCUGAAAGUGAAGCUGAUGUUCUUCCUUUGCAAUAUAUUGGUGAGAGUUACACUAUUAAGAAGACGGGGCUGAAUCUCAUAAGUGGAUCGAAGUAUUACACCCGGAUAAUUGUCGUCAAUCAGUUAGGGCUAGCCACAGUGGCUUGCAGUGAUGGUACAACUAUAGACACUACUCCACCAAUACCACGUAACUUCACAGUCGGAAAAGACGGUGCAAAAUUUAUCCCCUCUGUUCGGCGAGUAUCUGGGAAAUUUGAACACUUUAUAGACAACGAAAGUCCAAUAGUUCACUACGAGUGGAAACUAAUUGACGAAAACACUAGGAAGGAUGUGACAUCAUUCACAACAAUACCGUUGACACAAACGUCUCCAUUGCUCGAUGGCUUAAGUUUAACGUCUGGAAGAACAUAUACCGCCGUACUGAAAGGCACAAAUGCCGCUGGCCUUCACGCUGUUGUUAACGUAUCCGGAAUUAUCCCUGACGAUACGAUUCCGGUGUGCGAGGGGUUACCACAUGACGUGAUUGGUUUUAAUGAUGUUGUUGACAGAGAUUUUGUUUCCCGUCUUACUAAUCUCACAGCGAUGUUCUCUUGCUAUGAUGAAGACAGUGGUAUCCAGUCGAUUCAAGCCGGCGUAGGAACUUACCCGGGCGGAGAAGACGUCCACUCAUUCGUCGAUAUAAGAGAUUUGGCACUGAAAGAGUCAGAAGAUCUCAAAACCACGUGGGUCACAUUUGUUAGUGUUAGCAUAACAAAACGGAGAAGGUAUCACGUCACAGUGAAAGUUGAAGACAUGGCAGGUUACCGAAGAACUAUUUCCUCUGACGGAAUUCUCAUGGAUACAACAGCACCCACAGUUUUAUCGACUUAUAUCAGAGAUGGCCUUCAAGGGAUAGACAGAAAGUACAGCAAGGAAUUCGACGUUUUUCCGGCGCAUUGGGAAAACGCGUUUGCCGACACAGAAAGUGGAAUUGGUGAGUAUUUCGUAGGACUGGGAUCGAGUGCAGGUUUAGAUGACAAAUCAGCGUUCAGAAGUAACAAUUUGAGUACGAAAGCUUUACUUCGUGGCGACAGCCUCGAAAGUGGAAUGAAAUAUUAUGUUACAGUCGUUGCAUGCAACAGAGUAGGCAUAUGUGUGAAUGGCAGCAGUAAUGGAGCAAUAGUAGAUUUUAUUCCGCCACAUACCGGUUUGGUCACAGCUGGUCAGAAAGGACCACCACUGGAAAUAACAUGGAUUAACAAAGCAGCCUGGGCCCGAUGGCAGUGGUGUUCAGCAGAUAGAAGUGAACUUAGUGCCUCACCUGACACUUGCGACGCGUUAAGUUUCUAUGAUGAACAUUCAGGAAUCAGACGCUUUGGUUUAACCGUGCUUUCGUAUGACACGGCUAAAAUUUUGACACCAGUAAAGACCGUAGGUCGUGUUGUUUCCGGGGGACUUCAUGUGGUGAUGCCAAACGGCGUGUUUUCUGUAGUUGUCAAGGCCGAAGAUCGUGCUGGAGGUAGCUCAAAUGCCAUAUCUAAAUCAUUUAUCAUUGAUACUACCCCUCCAAAGAUU